AUGGCUCCCAUCCGUCGCUACCUGCGGAUUAGCAAACACUCCGUCCUUGAGUGCCGCAUCUUCCUCGAGAACCCUGCCGAUGAACCAAGAUGGCUCUUGAACGAAAGAGACCCCGCACUUCCGCGGGUGUUUGAGGCUGUCAAACCCUACGUCCUGCCGAAACUACGGGAAGAGAAUGAGCGGGCGCGUAGUAAGGGCAAAAAGAAGAAGAGUGUCAAAGACGUGGUUCAACAAGAUGACUUCGAAGUAUCGAUCUUCCUCACUGAAAUCAGGACCCGUCACUGCCUUCUUGUCAAGAAUAAGACAUUCAAGCAACAAGGCCUAAUGAAGAGCAACAAUGGCAACAAGCUCACCAGAACGGACCGUGACACUGUCAUGGUUCAGGAUGAAAGCGACGAAGAGAACAUCAAUCUAGAUGAUAUACCUGCUGCGGAAGAUCAAGAUAGGGAAGGGAGUUACGGCGACCCAAGUCAUGCGUCUGCAGGUCGCGAUCUCGACACGGGAGUGGAUGACAAGAAGAAGCUGGGUUUCAACACAACGUACGAGGGAUUCAGUAUCUGGGGUUGGGUGCUGUGUCUCUUUGUUGAGCGUAAAGGCGGUCCUAGCAAAAAUGGGUCUGGGAUCCAGGGCGGUUCGCAGGCGCUCAUGCAAGACUGGAUCCAAUCCACGCAGGAACAAAAGGACGAUGAUACGUGA